AUGUCUCCAAAUAGAUCUAAAUUUUUCAAUCCAGAAACAGCUCCAUAUUAUGAUCCAAAAGAAGAUAGAAGAGUUGUUUUAAUUACUGGUGGUAAUACUGGUAUUGGUUGGUAUACCGUAUUACAUUUAUAUUUACAUGGUUAUAUAAUUUAUAUGGCAGGUAGAACUGAAUCAAAAGUUUUAAAAGCUUUUGAAGAUAUUAAAAAGGAAGCAGAAUUAAGAAAUUCAAAAUUAGAUAAAAUUCAUCCAGUUGGUGAAUUACAUUAUAUUCAUAUUGAUCUUUUAGAUUUAUCAUCUAUACCUCAAGCUGUUAAAGCUUUUAGUGAAAAGGAAUCAAAAUUAGAUAUUUUAAUUGGUAAUGCAGGUAUUAUGGGAGUUCCAUAUAAAGUUACAAAAGAUGAUUAUGAAAUUCAAUAUCAAGUUAAUUUUGUUGCUCAUUUUUUAUUAAUUUUAGAACUUUUACCAUAUUUGAAAAAGGAAUCAAAAUCUGGUAUUACUCCAAGAAUUGUAUUAUUAAGUUCAAUUGGUCAUAAUUUUGCUUCAUAUAAACAUUUCAAACCAGAACAAAAUAAAUUAAAUUGUUUCCCUAAUUCAAUAUAUACUUGGGUAAGAUAUGGUAUUGCCAAAACUUCAGAAAUUCAACUUGUAAAACAAUUGGCAGUUAAAGAACCAGAAAUUUUAUCAAUUGCAGUUCAUCCAGGUAUUAUUUUAGGUACUGAAUUAUAUAAUCAUUGGAGAGAACUUCCAAUUGUUAAAUAUGCAGCUAAUGCAGUAUUUGCUAUUAGUGAUAAAGUAAUGGGAGUUUCAAAUGAAGAAGGUGCUUUAGCUACUUUAAAAGCUUGUAUGUCACCUGAAUUAAAUCUUAAGAAAGAUAAUGGUGAAUAUUUUGUUACUGGUGGUGUUGUUGAAAAACCAAGUAAAAAUGCAAGUAAUUUGAAAUAUGGUGAAGAAACUUGGGAUUGGAAUGUAAAAGAAUUACAAAAAAGAGGUUUCAAUGUUUGA